AUGGAAGCAUGGAAGCAAAGCAGAAAAGCAGAAGAAGCAGAAAAGCAGAAGAAGCAGAAGAAGCAGAAGAAGCAGAAGAAGCAGAAGAAGCAGAAGAAGCAGAAGAAGCAGAAGAAGCAGAAGAAGCAGAAGAAGCAGAAGAAGCAGAAGAAGCAGAAGAAGCAGAAGAAGCAGAAGAAGCAGAAGAAGCAGAAGAAGCAGAAGAAGCAGAAGAAGCAGAAGAAGCAGAAGAAGCAGAAGAAGCAGAAGAAGCAGAAGAAGCAGAAGAAGCAGAAGAAGCAGAAGAAGCAGAAGAAGCAGAAGAAGCAGAAGAAGCAGAAGAAGCAGAAGAAGCAGAAGAAGCAGAAGAAGCAGAAGAAGCAGAAGAAGCAGAAGAAGCAGAAGAAGCAGAAGAAGCAGAAGAAGCAGAAGAAGCAGAAGAAGCAGAAGAAGCAGAAGAAGCAGAAGAAGCAGGAAGCAGGAGACUAG